GCGGCUCCCCUACAGCCCUCCCGGGAGACAUGAGCCUGCAGAAGCACCAGCCAAUGGGUUCGGAGCGGGACCUGCAGUCGGCCGCCUCCUCCAUCAGCCUGCCCUCCGUCAAGAAGGCGCCCAAGAAGCGGCGGCUGUCCCUGCGCUCGCUUUUCCGCCGCCGCCGCGAGCCCAAGCGCAAGUCGCGCGACCUGGCCGGCGGCGUGGACGGCAUCGCCAGCAUCGAGAGCAUCCACUCCGAGAUGUGCAACGACAAGAACUCGGCCUUCUCUGUGGCGGGCGUGGCCUCCACCUCCUCGGGGGCGUCGGCCUCCUCCUCCUGCUCCUCGACGUCGUCGUCGUCCUCCACAUCCGCCGGCAGGGCGGGGGCGGGGCCGGGGGCGGAGCUGCUGGAGUGCCCGCUGUGCCUUCUGCGCCACUCGCGGGAGCGCUUCCCCGACAUCAUGACCUGCCACCACCGCUCCUGCGCCGACUGCCUGCGGCAGUACCUGCGCAUCGAGAUCUCCGAGAGCCGCGUCAACAUCAGCUGCCCCGAGUGCUCGGAGCGCUUCAACCCGCACGACAUCCGCAUGAUCCUUGGCGACCGCGCCCUCAUGGAGAAGUACGAGGAGUUCAUGCUGCGCCGCUGGCUGGUGGCCGACCCCGACUGCCGCUGGUGCCCCGCCCCCGAUUGCGGGUAUGCCGUUAUCGCCUUUGGCUGCGCCAGCUGCCCCAAGAUCACCUGUGGCCGGGACGGGUGCGGCACCGAGUUCUGCUACCACUGCAAGCAGCUGUGGCACCCCAACCAGACCUGUGACGCUGCCCGGCAACAGAGAGCCCAGAGCCUCCGUCUGAGGACCAUCCGCUCCUCCUCUCUGAGCUACAGCCAGGAGAGCGGGGCUACAGCGGACGACAUCAAGCCGUGCCCGCGCUGCGCUGCCUACAUCAUCAAGAUGAACGACGGCAGCUGCAACCACAUGACCUGCGCCGUGUGCGGCUGCGAGUUCUGCUGGCUCUGCAUGAAGGAGAUCUCCGACCUGCACUACCUGAGCCCGUCCGGGUGCACCUUCUGGGGGAAGAAGCCCUGGAGCCGCAAGAAGAAGAUUCUGUGGCAGCUGGGCACGCUGGUGGGCGCCCCCGUGGGCAUCGCGCUGAUCGCCGGCAUCGCCAUCCCCGCCAUGAUCAUCGGCAUCCCCGUCUACGUGGGCCGCAAGAUUCAUAACCGCUAUGAAGGAAAGGACAUCUCCAAGCACAAGAGGAACCUGGUGAUCGCGGGCGGUGUCACUCUGUCUGUGAUCGUCUCCCCGGUGGUGGCGGCGGUAACUGUCGGUAUCGGGGUGCCCAUCAUGCUGGCAUAUGUGUACGGCGUGGUGCCCAUCUCCCUGUGCCGCAGCGGGGGCUGCGGCGUGUCGGCUGGCAACGGCAAAGGGGUGCGCAUCGAGUUCGACGAGGAGAACGACAUGAACGCGGGCAGCGGGGCGGCCGCCACAGACACCACGUCGGUGGCGGAGACGCGGAACAACCCGAGCAUCGGCGAGGGCAGCGUGGGCGGGCUGACGGGCAGCCUGAGUGCCAGCGGCAGCCACAUGGACCGCAUCGGCGCCAUGCGCGACAACCUGAGCGAGACGGCCAGCACCACCGCGCUCGCCGGCGCCAGCAUCACCGGCAGCCUGUCCGGCAGCGCCAUGGUCAGCUGCUUCAACAGGCUGGAGGUGCAGGCGGACGUUCAGAAGGAGCGCUAUAGCCUCAGCGGGGAGUCGGGCACCGUCAGUCUGGGGACAAUCAGCGACAAUGCAAGUACCAAAGCAAUGGCUGGAUCCAUUCUCAACUCCUACAUGCCUCUGGACAGGGAUGGGAACAGCAUGGAGGUGCAGGUGGACAUCGAGUCCAAGCCUGGGAAGCAGCGGCACCACAGCGGUGGCAGCGGUGCGGACGAUGCUGGCAGCGGUGGGCGCGGCGGGGGGGCGUGGCCCCUGGGCUGCCCCGCAGAGGGCGGGCGCGGCUCCGCCCAGUGGGCCAGGGACGCAGCCCCACCCCCCCACUCCUCCUCCUCCUCCUCCUCCUGUUCAGGCAAGAAGGGCAAGGGCAAGCAGCGGAGGAAGGGCGGGGAGCGGGCGGAGGGGCGCGAGGACGCGGACGCCCAGCUGCUGGAGCAGCGCAGCGCCCCCUCCAGCGGGCCCGACUCGCCCUCACCCUCGCUCAGCGACAGCGUGGCCUCGGUGGCCGACUCGCACUGCAGCCACCUGUCCGAACUCAGCGGCUCCGACCCCGAGAGCGCCAAGACCUCGUCCUCCUGCAGCCGCGGCUCGGGCGAUGGCCACGCCCACGCCCACGCCCGCCCCGCCGCCGCCGUCAGCCCCCUGCCCGAGGUGGAGAACGACCGGCUGGAGGCCUGCCCCGCCCCGGGCGUCCCGCCGCCCCCACUCUCCCCCUCCUCCCUCGGCCCCUGUCCUGAGCUCUCCGCCCUCUGCUUCAUCACUGAGGAGAACGUCAGCCUGGUGUGCCCCAGCGAGCUGGGCUAUGGGGGGCCGCUGAAGGAGGCCAACAACAACCAGCCGGACCCGCCCGCUUCUAUCAAGAGUACCUGCAUUCAGACUGAAAUCUGAUACCUUAAGUGCUGCGGAACGGGACUCGGUCACACACUCAUCACUAACCACCAUAGCUUACGAAAGUUAACCUUGCCAGUACCCACGGGGCGUCCCGUCUGAAGGGAGCCGCUAUUUGGUUCUGUGAUUCCCCCCCACCCCUCCAAGCCAGCUUUAAUUACAUGUUGUACUUCUUUCAGUUAAGACUUGGGACAGCGGGUUCAGUGAAAGUGUAACAGGCAGUGGGUAGGCAAGAGGUCUGUUUUGUAGGCUGGAUUGACAGGAAGUGUUUUGUAAGGGGAGGAGUUUAAUCGUGACCUGUGGGGUGAACACUGGUGUUUCUGCUGCUUUUUGUCUGAGCCCUCAGACCACGUUUCCCAGGGUGCACCACCUUGCUGACGUGGAAACGCAGGGGAGGAGCCAAGCCACCCGUCUCGGGCUGCUUUGCUGUCGGGCAGGGUGGAAAGGGGGGCGCUGGGCGAGUCGUUGUGUAUUAACAAACAGAACCGCUCAGAGGCAGUCCGCCAGGUCACAGGAUUUGCAAAGCCCUUCAGAGGCAUACGAGUCAAAGUCAAUGGGGACCAGUCGAUGCUGUUUUUUCCCUCACAGUUCUGUAAAUGAUAGGCUAUUUUUGUGAAGUUAAGGUUCUUUUAUUAUUUAUUGUUUGGAUUUAGAAAAGGUUGUUCAGAGACACCGGCCCUCUGUUGGCAGGUGGUGAGUAACACGUUUUGCAUUUGAGUGGCUUUGGUACUGCUCAAGGGUAGAGCUGGGAGACUCCCUCAAACCCUUUCGUUUCUCCCGGCAAGUCCCGGGCUGUGCCUCCUCUCAGAUUCAUGGGGACAGCCUCCGUAAGAGCUGAGGAUGUAGAUCAAAGUCUGAGGGCAUGGAAGAUGACUCUUGCUUCCAUUUUUUUUUGUAGGAACAUAAAAGGUUUCGUUUAUUGUAAGGAGUCAAAGACCUUCAGUUCAAAGGCGGUUUACGGAGUCUGAUGCGUUCACCUCACAGAAUAAGAUUGAUUUUUAUAUCUUCAUUGAUUCAUGGUGCCUUUGGAUAAAAAAAGCUGUUCUGUUUGUAUUUCCAUUCUGUGUCUUCAAGACUUGGAACAUGUUCGGCUGAAUGUCUUUCUGAUGCCGUCAAGAGAAGCUCAUAGGUCGUUCACAUACUGUGGUAGACAUAAUGAAUACGUGACUCUACUUUGCCUACCAAAGACAGCACUCAGGCUCUCGUUCCAUUGUAUUCCUGUAACCCCCCCGAUGUUGCUGAGUCGCCCGACUGCGUGUCCUUGAUGAACAAGAGACGGCACUGGGGGAGGGCAAAAGAUUCAGGAAUAAAGACUUCUGUUUUCUACACACUCAAACGCUACGCAAAUGACUGAAGCCACAGGAGGCUUAGGCACCUGCACUGUUAAUCCUAGUUCCCACGUAAAUGUAUUGCAAUGCACAAAGCGUACGGGGGACGUGAGAUUGGAUGACUUUUUUUUUAUUUUAUUUUCCGAGUCCUGUUCCAUGUUGCCAUUCUGGUGCUGCUGAAUGAUGCCACAGGCUGCAGUUUCUCAUCUAGGGUAUUUUUUCCCCCCCCGAUUUGUUUCGGUUGUCCCUCCUCCCACCUUUCUGUACUUUACUUCAAACACUAGUGCCAGGUAUGAUUUCUGAUUUGUGCAGAACAGCUUAAGGUAUUUGUAUAUUUGUUUGCUAAUUUGCUUUACAAUAUGCGUGUAAAUGCAUAUCGAAAAAUAAAAA